AGCCAUUGCUUUGGACAAUUUCGCGGUUCCUGGUCGGCAUGGUGUCCGUGUGCUCAGCGAGAUCAAGAUCGAGAAUGGUGUUUACGUCGCUGCAGCUUACAACCAUCAAAGCGUCGGGCAUGCUUUCGUUCUCACAGUCCACGACAACAACCGGCUUUUCUACGAUUUGGAAGAAGGUAAGCCUGUCGAGUUAGUGGAGGAUUGGAUUGAUUUCUAUGCAUUUGUUCGUUCGUUCAUUGUCUGCAAGCAGAAUUAA